AUGAACAAUAACUUCUGUCGAGCCCUGGUGGACCGGAGGCCCAUGGCGCCCCCCAGCUGCAUGCAGCUGGGCAUCGUGCCCCCUUCCCGGCAAGGGCCCCUGCCCUCUGCCGAGCCCCUGGGCAAUGUGCCCUUCCUGCUGUACCCGGGCCAUGCCGAGCCAUCGUACUACGACGCCUACGCGGGGGUGUUCCCCUGCGUGCCCUUCCCCGGCGCUUUCGGGGUCUACGACUACCCUUUCGAGCCAGCCUUCAUCCAGAAGCGCAACGAGCGCGAGCGGCAGCGCGUGAAGUGUGUCAAUGAGGGCUACGCGCGCCUCCGGGGCCACCUCCCCGGCGCCCUGGCCGAGAAGCGGCUCAGCAAGGUGGAGACGCUGCGCGCCGCCAUCCGCUACAUCAAGUACCUGCAGGACCUGCUGAGCGCGACCCCGGACGGCGCCGGGCCCGCCCCCGCGCCACCCGCAGGACCCCGGCCGGACUGCUCCAGCGACGGCGAGUCCCGGGUGCCCCCCUCCCUGGUGCCCGAGUCGUCUGAAUCCUCCUGCUUCUCCUCCUCACCUUUCUUCGAGUCGGAGGAAUCCAGCCACUAA